ACAGGUUUUGUGCUAGUCCUUCUCCCAGGGGUCAGUUAUUGUGUCCUUUAUGCUCUUAUUGCUUAUUGUCUUUUUUUGUCUCCUGAUUUUCACCUUGGAUUUUAAAAAACCCAAGCCAAAAGCAAGUACGCAACACACCUUUUUCCUUUGUACAUGGGGAAGAGGAAAAAGCAUAGUUCAAAAAGCAACAUUUAGUCCAUAGUAGGAUAGGAUGCUGGGAGUCUGUUCCUGCUUGUUUUCUUCACCUACACAAAGGAUUCAGACUGGAUAUCUGGUGGCUUUGUGUUUCUCAGCCUUAAUGAGAGGGGAAAAAAUGGCUGCAGGACAGUGAUCAAUGUUUCAAGCCAGCUUUCAAACCUUUACCCAGCCUGCUGAAGGCGAGGGUUAUUUUAGACCACCCUUUAAUACUGACUGAUAUUGCAUGAAGACUUUGCUUUAGAAUACAAAUCCCUUAUUCUUUUUGCAAUAAGACAGUCACCAGCUGUGAUUGGGUAAGGGGGUGAGUGCUCCCACACGGGCUCCACUUCCCUUUCUUGUACCAGGUUAAAUACACUGCAUGUUUCCUGCUAACCCUUUGUAAGUUAAGAUACAAACCUGUCACCGUUGCCUCUCAGCAUGCCCCCCAUGACAGAGGCGGUGGCCAGGCGAGCCCUCCUGUACUUCACGUCCUUGCGGUGCUGCUAUGGGAACAGGGUGGCAGGGGAGCUGGUCUUCCAGUGCCUGCAGCAGCCAGGCACCUACUGAUAUCGACUGAAGACAUUCAGUGAGUCGAGGUUAAGCGAGUGGGUGUUUGAGCCCUUCACCAGACUCAGAUGCCAUGGUCACGGCUGGUCCAAGUGCAGGGUGUGCCAUGGGACAGGUCAGACAAGGUGUGUAACGUGCAAGGGAUCCCGACACAGGCUAAAGCAGCAGAAGAGAUGCCAGCUUUGCUCAGGCACAGGUCGCAAAAGGUGCAAUACCUGUUCUGGUUGGGGCAGCAAGACCUGUGUGACCUGUCAGGGAGAGAAAAAGCUGCAGCAUUUCAAGCAGCUGGUGAUAACCUGGAAGAGCAAUGUCUUUGAAUUUGUUUCUGAGCAUCAUCUGAACUUCCCAGGAGAGCUGCUCAGCAAAGUCAGUAGAGAGAGUAUAUGUAAAGAUGAAAAUCUGAUGAUGAAUGUGUACCCCAUCAUUGACUUCCCUGGACCCGAGAUCUCCCUGGCCUAGCAGUGAGUCAUUGCAGAGCACAGAGCAGCAUUGGCCACGUCCUCCUGCAUCCUCCAGCAGAGUCAAACAAUUGAGCUAAUCUCCCUCACAGAAGUUCACUACUAGUAUUCAGGGAAGCCUUACCUCUACUACAUCUAUGGGCUCCAGAACAAGGUGUAUGCACUGGACUACCCUGAGAGGUGCUGCUGCAGCUGUGCCAUCAUCUGAGAGUUGGUGCUGGGAGAAAAGCAUGAUUCUGGCAGUGAUUACCUAGUGAAACCCCUUCAGGGAGCAGGGAUGCUCCAGGACCUUGCUCCCAGGCAUGC